AUGGCAUCUGGAAAGAUAUCCUCUGCUGCGACUGAGACAGUUCAAUCAAGUACCUACAACGGUGGAUACUUGAAGACCAGUCACGGAAUCAAAUAUGACUAUGAUGAUACCACCGUUGGUGGUGUCACCGAUAUACUCGCCAAGCAGGCCGAUAGGAAGGAGAAGUUCGGCGAUUGGAGAAACGACUUCUUUAAGAAAGGAUACAUAGUCGUGAAAUGGGAGAUCCCCCGCGAACGUGCCGUGCAGUACCGUGAGCGUGCUAUGGAUUGGUUCCAGAAGUUCGACUUUGGAUUCGAUAUCAACGACAAGAGCAAAUGGACAGAGGAUCAUCUUCCUGUUACAAUGAAUGCUGGUAUGAUCAUGGGUUAUUGCGUCACGCAUGAGAAAUGGGUUUGGGAGGCUCGUUGUGAGCCCGGAGUAAUUGAACCCUUCGCCCAGUUGUGGGGAACAGAUGAACUUCUGGUCUCCUUCGAUGCCUUGAAAAUUACCCUCCCCGGUCGGAAAGAUACCAAGUGGACUCCCUGGCCUCAUGUGGACCGGGCCCCUACUCCCAAGGGACUGGCCUGUGCCCAGGAUAUCAUCAACCUUUCCGAGGCUGGACCCCUAGAUGGCGGUUUGCAGUUGCUUCAGGGAAGCUCAGAGCUCUUUGAACAAUUUUUCAAAGAGCACCCUCCGAAGCCCAAGGCGGAUGAUGCGCCGGGGCAGUUUGAUUGGUAUAGGUUCACCUUGGAGGAUGUGAAGUGGUUUGAAGACCAUGGAUGCAAUUUGAUCAAGGUCGACGCUGAGCCUGGGGAUGUCAUUAUCUGGGACUCUCGUACAGUUCACUAUGCCUCCCUGCCUCAGAAAGAUCUCAAGCUGAAGGGUGAGAUAUUCCAACGCUUCGAAGGGACAACUCACUGGCCUCCCUGCAAUAUUUUUGCUCAAGGAAAGGCCAUGCGUGGGGAUAAGAUUUGCCCGGGAGAGCGCUCGGAGCCCCUAGAGAAACCUGAGUUGACAGACCAGGUAUUGAAGCUCGCUGGGGUGAAGCCUUACUAA